AUGAAACACGACCUUGAGCUUAACCUUGACCCCACGGGUCGACAGAAGCUAACGGUGCCAUACAGAUUACCCAGAAUUCCCCCACGAAGUAUUUCACCAGUUGAUGCUGUUGUGGAGGAGAAUCGCCCCAGACGUUCGGAAACGAUGUGGGGACGCUUUGGGUACGAAGCAGCAAUAAGAAUCCCCACGUUGCUGCCGUCAGUGAACAAGAUGAUGGUGAAUACACCGAACCCGAGCACGAGCCUGGCCGUGCCGAGAUUUCAGAACGCCGGCAUCAUGCCGCUCAAAUAUCGACAGCGGCAUAGAAUGGAAGAUGACAUGAUCAGGAGUCUGCUUCAGAAAGCCGAUAAAGCCCACACGGCAAGGGAGACAACUACAUGUCGCGGCGACCCGAGUCCGACCCCGGUGUACAGUCGAGUGUCGUCCCCCACCAAGUCGGCCAGAAGUAUCCACUGGACACUUGGCGACCACGUCAUAACCAACUCACCUCUCUUUGACAGAAAGGGUCGAAGCCGAGCACAGGGGCCAUUCUCCAGAGAGUUCACCGUGACGUGUUUCGCCCCACACAACUGGCUCCGACUCAAGCUGGGCCGAUCUAGAUCCAUGAUGCAUUAGUAACCAAGAUUUUGUGUUAUUACUGGUUACACUGUAUAUGACAAUGAUGCAUUACUAUUACUAUUAGUAACCAUUAUGUUGUCUCGGUAUACUUUACAUGACUAAUGCAUUUGUAACUAAGAGACUAUGAUGUAUCAGUAACCAACGUUGGUCUCAUCAUUUUUAAUGCUGGUUACACUGUACAUGACUAGGGGAGAUAAUUCGGGUAAUUGCGGACAUCGGCAAAAUGCGGACAGUCUCGACCAUACUGCCGCUACAUUCCAUUUUUGUACAUUAAACAACUCAUUUUAUUGUCUGCAAAUUGUAAUGAGACUACAGAUAGUUCUUGAAAAUCCAUAUUUCUAUUUUUAUCCCAGUGUCACUUUACAAACAAAAACAAACAUUCACAAAAAUAGUAUUUUACGUCACAUCGGUCACGUGAUAUCAUUUAUUUCUUCAAACGUUUUCACUGGAUAGGUCUACCAAAUUUCAAGUAAAACAUUUCAGAAUGAGAGAAUACAUCUGUGUAUUUUAAGAAUCUUUUAUAAUAAGAUACAUAGCAAUUUUAAAAACCCAAAAACAAUCGUAUUAACAAUAAUUGAUAAAAUUAACAGAAUAAACUCGUCCGCAGUUGAACGACUACAUAAACCGCAGUAGUUUAAUUGCGGACAACAUAAUAAGCACACUGCAGGAAUCAUCUAUUCUAAAUAAAUAUUUGUUUUAUAUAAUAAUAAACUCAUUUUUAUUUCAUUUCAAUUGUGUUUAAAAUAGCAACAUUUGGAUCAAUGCGGUUUGAAUGGCACAAGAAACAAAAACGUGGGUUCAGAAAAUAACUUUAACCUAAUUGCAUAUAAUUACUGUUUUACUCAGUUUGUUUCUUCAGAAGAUGACAAAAGAUAAUUUUACAGAUUUACUAGUUUAAUUAUUUAUAUUUUGUAACAAAAUAAAUGUCUAAAAUGCUGUGGAUUAAAAGAAAAUUGUAUCCAUUGACCAUGUCCGCAUUUUGCCGACGUAUAUGUCCGCAUUUUGCCUCCUCUUACCAUUCGUACUUUAUUAUAAUUCAUGGUAACAAAAUAAAAUCUACCCAAUGGCCGAUUGUGAUAUAUAGUGACAGGAAAAACAGCCAAUCAAGUUCAUUUAAAUUUUAGAUAGGCGUUAUCGUGUAGUGUUCUGUUUCCAUGUGGCAAAUACAGCGGAAGCCAGUGUCCACAAUUACCCGAAUCUCCCCUGUGAUGCAUUAGUAACCAAAGAUGAUGUCAUAUUCUUUUAAUGCUGGUAUAUACACUGUAUACAACAGUGAUGCAUUAGUAACCAAAGAUGAUGUCAUCUUUUUUUUUUUUAAAUACUGGUUACAUCAUACACAACAGUAAUGCAUUAAUAACCAAGCUAUCUUAUUUUUAAUACUGGUUAUAUUACACAUGACAGCGAUGUAUUAGUAAGCAAAAUUGUCAUUUUUAUACUGGUUACAUUUUUUAUGUCAUGUGUCAUGUUAAUACUGGUUACACUUUACUUGUCAGUUAUGCACUGAUAACCAAAAUGUAUUACUGCCAUGUAUAGUGUAACCAACAUAAAUUCAUUUCAGGGCUUGAACUUAAAAAUUUGUCUCCCACGGCAGUUUAAAAACAAAAUUGCCAUGGGUGAAAGGGCCCACCAGUGGCAGUUCAAAGCCUGCCCAUGGCAAUUGAAAAAAGAAAAAACUUUUGUAGCAAAUAAAUAAGACUGAAAGGUUAUUUUGCUGUAUGAAGACAUAUUUUAAAUGUACUAAUGUUAUAUACUGGCAUCUAAUGUACACCAGGUGUAAACAUUUUGCCAUCACUGAGGAACAUUACUGAUGGUACUAUUGUGCCGUUGGUGAUGUUCCCGACCUACAGCAAUUUAUAUCUCAACAACGGCAAUUGUUGUUGGUGCCGUUGUUAAGUUCGAGCCCUGAGAUGGAUUUAUGUUGGUUACACUGUGCAUGACAGUAAUACAUUAGUAAUAGAGACAUGACAGAAAAGACUUAUUAUAUGUAACCGACAAUACUGUUGCUUACAACAGAAGCAGUGGUUACAUACAUGUAAUAUUAAGUCAGGAUUUCAACAUAAUAUCCCAUGGAGAAUGGUUUCAUUAUGUUUUGGAUGUAAUGUUAACCAAUAAUGACAUUGAAGUCCCAACAAAACAAUGGUUACAGUAUGUGCAGGAUGUAUCAGCAACCAGAGUUUAUCUCAAAAGACUACGGGUUCCAACAAAACUACAUAACUGCAGUAUGUCAGAGUUGAAUUAAUUAGGAUUCAAGAACAGUACCAGAGUAACCUUCCAUGGGUUACAAAAAGAAAAAUGGUGACAUGAACUAAAAAUGAUGCAGAAUAAACUUGAAAUUCAGCAUUCGAAAUAAUCACUUGUCCGUCUGUCCUGACAAGUGAAAAUCUUCUCAGACAAGCAAAAUAUACCUCAAUGAUUGUUAAGUGGACAAGUAAAAAUUUUCAAUGUCGUUUUGUUUUGAGCGAUCAAAAACAUACUUGUACUUGAAUAAAACAAAAUAUAUAUAUUGUAUUUUGACAAGUGAAAAUAUUGGUGGACAUGUCAGGGCCGUAGCUAGCAUGGGGGCAA